GGCCCGGGCCGGGCGCGGGGCGGCGGGAGGAGGAGGAGGAGGCGGCGGCGGCGGCGGGCGGGGGCCGGCCCUUCCCGCGGGAGUGCUGCGAAGGGCUGGGCGGCCUGGACUACGGCCAGGUGGAUGUGACAGCCAUGGCGCGGCUCUUCGGCUACGUGGACGUGACCGACGCUGGCUUCCUCGCAGCCGUUGUCUCCAUUGCCUUCAACCCGCUCUUCUGGAAUGUGGUAGCCAGAUGGGAGCACAAAACGCGAGCGCUCAGCCGAGUCUUCGGCUCUCCACAUGCUGCCUGCUACUGCCUGGGUGCUGUUAUCCUGAUGCUUAACUGUGUGCGGAGCCAUUGCUUCACAGAAGCCAUGAAGAGCCAGCCGAAGCUGGAGGGCCUGGACUGCCACUGGGCCUAUUACUCGGGCUUGGCCAUCUUGGCUGUAGGGACCCUGUUUGUCAUCUCCAGCUUCUUAGCACUUGGAUUCACUGGGACCUUCCUAGGUGAUUACUUCGGCAUCCUGAUGGAGGCAAAAGUGACCUGCUUCCCCUUCAGCGUCCUGGAUAAUCCCAUGUACUGGGGCAGCACCGCUGUCUACCUGGGCUGGUCCCUCAUGCACGCAAGCCCAGCUGGCCUUCUGCUGACAGCUGUAGUGGCAAUUUCCUACACAAUCGCCAUGCUGUAUGAGGGGCCUUUCACAGAGGAAAUAUAUCAGCAGAAACAGAAGGGAGCGAAGAACAAGUAGCCACAGCAGCGUUGGAUACCUCGGCACAGCGGGCCUCUCCGGUCCCCACGCUGUCCGAUUUGCCUGUUUUCCUACUGAGAUGUAUCCUACUAAUUAGCCCAGCAACCCUUAAUGAGCCAACUGAGCACCCUGCAGUAUUGGAAGCGAUCAGAGGAACAGCCCGAGCGUGGCGGCACCUCCUCGCUGCAGCCCGCGGGAGCUGGAGGUCCCUGUCCCCAGGUCUCUGUCCCCAUUGCCGGGUCACUGCAGCUCCUGCCGGGAAGGCCAUGUUCUCCUGGGAGCCACAUGGUUUGGGACCUCCCGACCUCUUGUCCCGCAUCAAUUGUUUGAGAUCUGCAGGGGAAAAAGCAACCCAGCUCUAGCCUUGGACUGGAGGGCAAGGUGGAGACACCAGGGGCCUUCUGUGAGCAAACUCUGAGCGUGGGGGAGCAUCAGCUCCGUCUGAUCCUGAAGAUGCUGCCGAAGAGCCAUGGGAAGCAAACAGAAGCUCGAGCGAAGCGAUGGAGAGGGCUCGGGAGCCCCUGUGGGAUUCAAACACGGCUGGGGAAGGACUCAGCAACAGCAGAACCUGCUCUAGACCCAACAACAAACUCCCCUCUUUCUGAGAGAGGGAAACCUCCCCACCCAGAGCUGCCAUGUCCCACCUGUAGCAUCUCCACACCAUUGGCAAAGGCUCUGAGAAAGGUGACUGAAAAGCACGUAGAUGUUGAAUGUACAACCAAAACCACUGCCCAAGGGGGAUGGAAGCCAUCCCAUGGGGAAACCCCAGCGUGGAGAAGACCAAAGGGAAGAGUCAAUCCCCAUCCACACCCUGCAGAUACCCCAUCCCUGGCCGUGUCUGAGCCCUGGUCCCCUCCACACCCAUCCAGCCCUUCCCUUUCCCCGGGGGCCACUCGAGGGUCCUGCCUGCCUUCCCCACCACCCAGUGCCUUCCAGCUAUUUUUCACUGCCUUGCAGGGGCGGUGGGUGGGAGGGAGGGAGGGAGAGAAGAGGCUGCUUCUUCCUUCUGCGUUCUGCAGCAGCCGGGUACGGAUCUGCCCCUCCACCACUGCCACCAGCCUCCCCGAGUCCCAAAGAGCCCGGUGCUGGAUCCUGCCCUGAACGGGAAGAUCCCAGGGGUGAUGCUCCAGACCCAGGCUCAGUGUUUACAGAUUCCCAGAACAGUUUGAGAAAUAAGCUGUAAAUGACCAAAAAAAAAAAAAGAACCACAAAAACCCACCCAAAAGCAAUGUAAAGCCCCUGGCAGCGGGGCUGGAGAAGGGAGCUGCGCUGCUGCUGGCUCCUGGGAUGCGGUGCCACGUCUCAGCAUCACGUAGUCCCCUCUGCAGAGGGUCCUCCCUUUUCUCAGUGUCACCUUCCACGAAACGGUCCAAUUUCCUUUUGCUUUUGCAUGUUGUAAUUCACCCUUCGGGCAUUGCUCAGCAGGAAUUAAAAUGUUGGUUUCUUUUCA